AUGUUUGCUGCACGACAGAGGGUAGCCGGCGUGGCUCGUCAGCUGCAAAGGACGGCGCGAACCUACGCCUCCGACGCCCAUGCCCAUCACAAAGCCCCAGAAGUCAACGAGUCGUUCAGCACCGGUUCUCUCCUCGCUGUCGGCAGUUUCUUCGGCUCUGUCCUCGUCUACCAAUUCGUUCCUCAGGAGGGCGAACAGUCCUCGAUCCUCAGCCUCAUCGACAAGUACACAUCCCGUGGAAAGGACUGGGAGGAUAUCAAUGCGCUUCACACAAAGGCCAUGGAGCAGGCUGGUUACGACCGAAACCUCUUUGAAAACGGCGGCAACAAGCACCGAUUUGUUGAUGUUGCCUAUCCCGAGGCAAUGACUUCAUAUGCUCCUCGAAACAAUGUCGCUGGCCACCUGGCCAACAUGGACUAUGUUGUUGAGCACUACCGACAAAAGCAUAUCCGGGAGGAGGAGCGGAAAGCGGCCAAACUGGCACAGAAGGAAGAAUACAACAUGACGGCCAGCCAGAGUGGUCAGAGUGAUACUGAACCUCUGCUUCAGCAACCAUGUCCCGGUGAACAAGCUCCCGAAGACAUGAAUACUGCAAACUUAUCCUCAAACCCACGGCAGGUUCCUGUCUCGACUAAAGGGGAGAAGAGCCCGCCAGCAACGAGCCCUCACGAGGUGAAGCUUGAAAGAGACAUCAAAGCUUGCCUCCGCAAAGGAUCCAGACGGAAAGUUGGAGUUUUUGCCUGCCGUGACCUUCCUCAUGGCCACGAGAUCAUCGGCGCAAACCGACCAAUAUUUGUUGCUCCCGACGUAUCCAGAGAGCUCCCUGAGGCACUUUUUGCCCAUCACAGAAACACGAUUGCCAACUUGAACGCAAUAAUACAUGUAUGCGUCGACAAGUUCAAACGAGACCACGCCAUCGAGGAACCUUGGGUGACCCUUGCUGUUGUCGAAAGUUUGGCUAUACACAUGAACCAUGCUUGCCAAGACUGUGCACAGGGGACAUUCCUGGUUGCUGAUACCUACGACAUUACGGUCACGCUUGUGAAGGAUGUCAGAGCAGGGGAGGAGAUAUUCAUUGACUUGGGCGAGGCCGGGUCACACUUGGCCUGUCCACUUUGCAGCCCCAAGGAAUCUAUAUGGAAGAGGCGGAAACGCCAACUCAAAAGAUUUCUCGCAAAACUUUACCCUCGCAACAUGCUCAAGACCGCCGAACCACCAAGUGAAUGA